AUGGCGAAGGCGAGGGCGCACUCGGAGCGGUCCAGUCACCGCCACCUCCUCCUCAUGCUCGCCGUAGCUCUCCUGUCCGCGGUUCUCCUCCUUCCGGUGGCGACGGCCUCCGCAGCGGUGGCGGUGGCGGCGGCGGAGGGGGACGGCGAGAACAGGUCGGCGGCGCAGUGGGCGACGGGGAAGGACGAGGGGGAGCUUGCCGCCGAGAGGGAGGCGGCUGGUGGAGGCUCGGUUGUGGAGGACGACUUCGCGGGCGGGUUCGGCUCCCUCGACAGCAUGCUGCAGUGGGCGAUCGGGAAUUCUGACCCAGGAAGGCUGAAAGAAGAGGCAGCGGAUGUGCAGAAGUUAACGGAGGAUGAGCUUCUUAAGCGGCGUGUGGAGAUUAAGGAGUUGAUGGAGAAGUUAAAGAUGCCAUCAGAUGCUGACUUAAUGAAGAUUGCAAUUGCUGACCUGAAUAAUUCUUCCAUUUCACUAGAAGAUCGCCAACGUGCAUUGGAAGAGCUUUUAAUUCUUGUUGAGCCCAUUGACAAUGCUAAUGACCUUGACAAAAUUGGGGGCCUUGUUGCUUUGAUUGAAGAUCUUAAUAAUGCAAACGAAGAAAUACGAACCACCUCUGCAUGGAUCCUGGGUAAAGCCAGUCAGAAUAAUGCUCUUGUCCAAAGCCAGAUCCUAGGUUAUGGAGCUUUGUCAAGGUUAGUGAAGAUGGGCUAUUCCACUUCCGCAGAAGAAGCUGCGAAGGCAAUGUAUGCUAUAUCUGCUUUGAUCAGAGACAAUGUAAAUGGUCAGGAGGCAUUCCGUUCGGAAAGGGGAAGUGCAAUGUUGCAGUACAUGUUGGCAAGCGACAGUACUGAUGUCCGGCUUCAGAAGAAGGCAGUGUUUUUAGUGACAGAUCUAGCAGACUUUCAGCUGAACUCUGGAAACUCAGGGCUUGCCUUCUUAAGUGAGCCUGUUUUCCUGAAGUUAAUGGUCGAUAUGUUAUCAAGGUUUGACCUUGACCUUCAAGAAAAGGUUUUGUUGGCCAUCAGGAGCCUGCUGAACCUUCCAUCGACCGACGCUACAGACUUGGAGUCCUGCGACUUCAACAGCGUGCUGUACAGACUGGGUGUGCAGCUGGAAGAGUUGCCGUCAGAGGAGCAGAAGGAGUACGCCGGGGAGGUGGAUGCCCUCCGGAGAGAAGUCCAGACGCUCUUCCAGCAGAAGCUCAAGCAGGUGCGGACUACAGCCACCUUGGCGUUGUAGGAUACUCGGAUAAAAUCAAGGGGAGAGAGAGGCUUUUCGGAUGAUCCGGUGCCUAGAGUUGAGUGACUUCUUUUUAUGGGAGGCUUAUACUGUUGUAGUAGGGUGGAACGAUAGGCUAGAUACUUUGCUGCAGCAUCAUUUCUUGUUUGCAUGACUAGAGUAGUGCUAGUCGCCUCGCCUCGCAUACACUUUUUUUUU